UGCAGAAGAACUGCGAGAGGAGCAAUUAGCUGCGUUGCUGCUGCUGUUGUAGGAGAGGAAGGGGUGGGGGUGGGGGAAAGGGCAGAUCCUGGAGGCUCUCGCUCUCUCCCAGCAGGCGCUUGCUCGCUGCAACUCGCAAAAGGGUUUCAGAUGUCCCAGCGCCGCUGCUUGACCCCCUGCAAAUAAAACCUGCCCACCAGAGGCACGUCUCACCUCUCGGACUUUCCUGCCUCGAGGAUGGUGCAGCCGGCAGUGCGGAGGAGAGAGAACUGAUCUCGUCCCCGAAACAGGAGUUUUUUUUGGGGGGGGGGGAUCUGCAAAGCAACAGACGGUUCCCGUCCGCCCAGAAAACUGUAACUUUUUUCUUCUUGACUUGAAGGAUUAAUAAAGGCACAGGAGAGAGCCGGCAACCCAGAGGGAAAGGGGGUGGGGGAGCCGCCGUCUUCUGGAGCGCUUGGCCCCCUGCGGCAUGGAUGUCGGCGCCGUCCCUUCAGGCCAGAUCACAGCUCCGCGGGCGUUAAGCGGGCGCGCACCCCCUCAGCUGCCCCCUCGCCUCUCCCCGCGGCUCACCCUUCCAGUAUGUUUCUUUUCAUGAGGCACUCUCCAGCGCCCAGAGCUUCAGGACAAUGUGCAAAUGGAGACUGACACAGGGUGCCGCCGCCGCCUUCGCCCACCUGCCUGCCUCCUCCUCCUCUUCCUCCUUCUCCUGCGGUUGCUGCUGUUUCGUGGUGCUCCUCUUCUGGAUGUCCGCGCUGGCUUUGCCCUGCCAUGAGCCCGGCCGGGACACGCCGCUCCCCAAGGCCACUAACUCUUCCUCGUCGUCUUCCGCCUCCUCUCCUGCCAGCGCCGGGAGACACGUGCGGAGCUACUAUCACCUCAGCGGAGACGUGCACUGGAGGAAGCUCUAUUCCUACAACAAGUUCUUCCUUCGGAUUGAGCCGAACGGGAAAGUCAGCGGCACCAAGAGCCAAGACUGCCCGGACAGUAUAAUGGCAAUUCGAUCUGUAGAAACUGGAGUUGUGGCAGUUAAAUCCAUUAACAGCAACUAUUACUUAGCCAUGAACAAGAAUGGAAAAGUCUAUGGUUCUAAAGUGUUUAACAAUGACUGUAAACUAAAGGAGAGGAUAGAAGAAAAUGGAUAUAAUACAUACGCUUCAUACUUUUGGAAAAACAAUGGAAGGCAAAUGUUUGUGGCAUUGAAUGGAAGAGGAGCCACAAAAAAAGGACAGAAAACAAGAAGGAAAAACACCACAGCUCACUUUCUUCCGAUGGCUGUCGAGCCGCGGAUAGACCUGUACUAUUGAUAGCAGUUGAACCAAAGAUCAUUUGUCAGGAAUACUUGGUAAUCCUCUUGAAGAGGAAAGGCAGAAACUGUGCAGACGUCUGCUUGAUUGAAAAGGGGGGAGAAAGCCUUUGAAGGUUUUGUACUCUCUGCUGGCACAUGAAGUCCUUCUAAUUAGGUCUGUGUCAUAUCUUAUAAUCAAGACACAAGCCGGAUCAAAUGGGAUAGGAGCUCUUUCCAGUGUGAACAAAUUAUUAUUAUUUUUUAUCUCUGUGCUAGAACUUAAAGGACAAUGUAUUGAAUGAUCUUCGGGGAAAGUUAUUUAUGGAAUACUAACUCAUAUCAAAGACCUUUAUUGCUCAUUCAAGCCUAAUGAUCCAAUGAACAGUUAGGCACGCAAGCAUUUACUGGAAGCACAUGGAUCAUACGCAGAAAUAAAGGAGAUUCUGGAAUGGUCUUGUGGAAGACAUGAAUAGGAUUAAGAAAUAUAAGCACAUUAGAGUAAAACUGUUCUAACAAAAUAAAUAGUAUGGUCUCCCUUUGUAUGCUAACGCCAUGCCUUUGUACU